GGGCACGUUCACUACACACUUUGGAUAUCAUUGAUCAGUGUGGUUGGGCACGUUCACUACACACUUCGGAUAUCAUUGAUCAGUGUGGUUGGGCACGUUCACUACACACUUCGGAUAUCAUUGAUCAGUGUGGUUGCAGACAGUGAUUGGAAUAUAGAUCCAUUAAUCAGAUAACAGAAUGACCAAUGGUCACUGGGGACAGGAUAUGAUAGAGAUUAAAUGCUGACCAGUCAAUAUCCAGUGAUGAUAAUCUGCUGACUCCACUAAUGACACCGUAACCAUGGCGUUCCUUGGAUACAGUGAUGAUUUUGACCUUGAUGAUGAUGGAAUCCUUCGCGACUCAGCUUCCUCUGGAGGUAUACUUAUUGAUGACGAUGGAAUAGUGAGAGACGAUUUUGAUGCUCAAAGCAAAUACACCUCCCGCAGUUCUACCACCCACUGGACAGAUUCAGGACUAGGGGGAGAUAAGCAGUCUGGUGGCAGCACCUCCACUAUCCGUCAGUUUGACCUCCAGUCUUACCCCAGCUAUGAGGCGUUAGAGGACAGCCGUGUUAACAUCAGUGAUCUAGAGGCAUCAAAGGAUGACCUCAGCUUUGAGGGGGAUGCGUUUAGAAACAGCUUCGACAGAGAUACUGGUUAUGAUAAUGGUCAUAUUCACUCACCAGCCGGUAAACUCCAACGUGACAUACAGAGUGGGCUCAGUAGCAGGAGCAGUUUUGAUCACUCUUUGACGUUUGACGAUACCAACGAUAAUUUCAAAAGUACAACAGAUUCAGGCAAUAAAGAAUUAUUUGAUUCUGAUUAUUAUAAACAGUUGGAGGAACUAGGUGUUUUAAUUGAUGGUGCUGAACUCGCCGAACCUUUGGCUUCCCUGGAUGAGUUUGAGAUAUUAGAAGAUCAUGUGUCCAGGGAAGAUAUAGACUAUUCUCCAGAACCCGACAAUUCUUUUGAUAAGCUACUGAGGAAAAAUUCCAUUAGAAGUCCAGGUAUUGGUGGGUUUCAUGAUGACAGGGAGGACGACCGCCAAGAAUAUGAACCACCUGAAGAACGACAAACUCACACAAGACCAAACACAGCAGGUUCUGCGCGGACGAUAAGUAGUCGAUCUUUUCCCGAGAUAUCUCCAGAGGAGGCAUUGAAAUACUACAAUGAGAGAGUGAGUGACCCAGACCAGGAGUUAGAUUUCGGUGUGAGGGAUGCGGAUAGUAUAGAUUUUGAGGAGUCACAGCGGACAGGAGAUGAUGAUGAGAUAUUCAAUAUAACUAGUAGGAUAUCAGAUGCCCCAAAGCCGGCCAAACGACGUGCCUUCGGUGACGACAGAGAUACACCAUCUAUGUUGACACCAAGUAUCGGCAGUAGGUCAGGUAGUCGUCAGAGUCAUGACGGAAAUCGUGCUAACAUACCACAUGAUAAGAAAGGUCAUUUACGAAGGAGACCAAACUCUCGAGGAAGUGACAGGUCAUUUGAUCACAAUGAUUCUUUUGUGAGCAAUCGUUCUAAUGGACCUCUGGAUCAAACUAAUCAGUUACCAAGACGCCCUGGGUCACAUGGGGAAAGAUCAUUUGACAAUAAUGAUUCUUUCUUGAGUAACACUUCAUAUGCGUCUCGUACCAGUAGGGAUGGUUCUCUAACCCCUGUAUCCACUGGAGUGUUCUCCGAGUCUCACCACGAGGCUCGGCCAGGGUCACUGACACCGCGAAACACUAGCCAAUCAGAAAUCACCAGACCAGAUUCUUCUGCAAGUCAGAGAUCAGCAGCAUCUGAAACAUUGUCAGCAAGGUCAAGGCAAAGGUCAUCACAUAAUACUUCCAGGGAAGACAACGCAUCACUAUCAAAAGCCAGGUCACAGGAAAGCUUCUUCCAUGACUCUGAACUUCAGCCUGUCAGAUCUGCAGAAAAGUCAUCACCAGACAAAAUGCCAAAACGUCUUCUACCAAAACCCAAUGCUAAUGAGGUAAGUCAGUCUUACCGAGUCAAAAGUAAGAGUACCACCAACAUUGCUGCCAAAACGGGUCCAAUUAAACCCAAACACAUGUCAGUGUCAGACCUGUCACGAAUACAGCUAGAUGAACAUGAAGGUGACGCUGUAAAUUCUACCUCCGACAAAUCGAAAAAUGAGCUUUCAUCAAAACUAAAUCAGGAAUUCCAUAAGAGAAAGCAAGCAACAGAACUUGUUCAACAACUUCAAAAGGACUAUGACAAACUUUUGUCUAAGUAUGCCAGUGCUGAGCUCACUAUCGACCAGUUACGCCUGGGAGCAAGGGUCACCUUGCACUCAAACUCACCGACCCCGAGUCAGGCCACCACGGGGUCAAUGCAGUCAUUACAACAACCGCAGGUCAUGCAGCUCAACCGAGGGGUGAAAUCCCCGUCUCCGUUCCAGGGGUCACUAGGAUACGCCAGUCCAAUGUCUGUUGACAGUACCCUCGCUGACUCUUACAGUGACCAAGGACAGGGAGCAAAGACCAAGUUUAGGUCGCAGUCAGAGUCCGCACUCACCAAUGGAAACGCAGAAAGGGAGGCUCGUAACAUGGCGUUAUCGUCGGAAAACGGAGCAGAAAGUGUCAAGCUUGGUCUCAUCUUUCAGGCAAAUGGCCUUGAUGAUAGGAUGGAAUCAUUCAAAACUUUAUUGGAUGAAAAGCAAUUGACGCACGAUGAACAGGAAAAAGUGUUUGAAAAAAUUCGGACAGACCAUGAAAAAUUGCGUCGAGAUUAUCUCCAAUCGAAGGAGGAUUAUAAUGUGUUAAAACGUGCCAAUGCCAGUGUGGGAGAUGUGAACUUCGACCAAGAAAAAGAGCUCGAGGGAGAACUAUUUAGACUUGGAAUGAAAUUUGAUGAUAUUCAUGAAAAAGUGGAUGAGAAUAGGCAAAAGAAAUCUUCAGAAAGACAACCGUUUCAGAGUAACCGUGCACAGUCGAACGGUGAUGUAACAGUGGAUGGUAGUGAUGUGGAAGGUCGUGCCAUAGAUCAUACGAAGAAAAAAAUGACAAGUACAAUGGCUGGGGACGAUCUUGUCAAGCCGACGAAAGAUCAGGUGUUUCAGAACACAGUCAGCCGUUUACAUGAGGAGUACAACAACUUGAUGGAUAGAUACCGCCGACUCAAACAGAUGGCGCAAACACCCGAAAGAGACAGGGAAAUUGACAACUUAGUCAAGAAACUGAAGCACAUCUGCAAUUCAGAGCCAGAAAUAUUCAAGAUGCCUAAAGAAUUGCAAGAAAGAUGGGAACAACUACAAGAGCGAGAUGUGGAUGGUAGGAGAAUGUCAGUUGCCUCCCCUGCCAUGGGGCGAUGCCCUAGCCAACAGGCGCAGCAGCGUGAGCAGAUGGCCAGUGUCCAGAACCAGUCCUUUACUAGGGGGCGAGACACACCAACCAACUCUCACAACUGGUCUAUGGACAGGUCUUACUCGGAGUAUAACGGAGAUACAUCUCACGGCCUACCCCGGGACAACAGCCUGCGACAGUCUAGCAGCAUCAGCAGCAGUCGUAGCAGUUUGUCCUCACGGGGGACCCCCAGAGAUCCUGACAGAAACUCACCCAACCCCAGGCUUCCACGACCUCGCAGACACGACCAUCCUGACAGGAAACAUGGACUCAAGAAAAGACCAGAGGGAGGCAGUAUGAGUAGUCUAGGUGACAGUGGUAUAUCUGAACACGACCACACUAAUGGAGGCGGGGCCACCGCCGGCAAUCUAUCCAGCCUCCCUGGUCCAGGAAAGUUUAAGCAAAUGACAAAACAAAGAAAUGCUCCUGAUGCAGACAGUGGGUUCAUUGGCUCAAUGGUGGGGUCAGAGGUCAGUCAUAUGUCUUCACGGCAGCAACAAGAACAAGCCCAACCUUCACUGAGGUUACGACACCCGGCAGAUAAUGAUGAAAGACCUAGGUCAAGAUCAGGUGAUGCAGAAACAGCUUCAAUUACAAGUUCAAGGUCAGCCAGGUCUGGGAGGUCGAGGCAAGAUGACCGACCUUCUUCACGAGGGUCACUGAGGUCAGGGGGUAGACGUGACAUGACUACAGAUAUGAGCCGAGAUUUUACAGAUGAUAGUUACACCCUGACAGAAAGUGAUAUGAGCUUUGACUCUUCCCAGCAUUCUCGUCGUAGCCGACAACGACCUCGAAGCAUGGUGGAGGCCUCGAUACAGGAGGAGGAGGAAGGACGCCCUCCAGCUACUCCCAGACAACAACAGACGAAACAAGGUCAGAAAUCAAGGGUAGAGCCUCAUCAACCAAUAAUCCGUACACCUGGCAAACCUGCAAAGUCAAAAGCCAAUCUCUCAAGGUCAUCGUUAAACAUAUCUGGGGAGCACCUCACACCGCGAGCAACGCCAAACGUCAGUUUUAAUGAGAGCCAGGAUGUGUUCUUAUCGGGAGAGGAGACUCCAAGACAGGAAGAUCAACAGAUAUAUAAGGAAGAGCCAAAAAUGGAGGCACAAAAACCUGCUACUGUAACCAGGCAACCACAACAACACCGUAGGCCUCAGACACCACCUGCUGCAAGGGUAGAGAGACCAUCAACCCCGGGGUCCAAAGGUCAGGAGGUAAAUGGAGGUCGCCAAGGAAGUACAAAGACUCAGAGAGUACCAAAUGAACAGACAAGACCCAAAGUGAUGGAGGACCGGAGUGUUGGGUCAGAUAGUGAUGACACCUUGGAAGGGUCAGAGGCACCAACAGUGGCAACAAAGACAUCGGAGGGAAGUGAGAAAUUCAGGGUCCUUCAGGAUGAGAUUGGUCGUCUCCGGGAUGAAUUUAAAAAGGCUACAGACGAACAACGCCAACAGAUGCUGCAACAACAGCAGCAGCAACAUCAACAUGCACCACCUCAGCUACCACAACCUCCACAACAACCCCAGCAGGACGAUUACCAUUACUUUGACCCGACGGAAGAUGCCUACGCCUUCAUGAGAGGUCCACGUAGAAGGGCAAAUUCUUUCUCGGGAGCAGGUGUUAGAGAUUGGGAUGACUGGUGGAAGUACCCCCUAAUCAAUCCUAAUGACGGGGCAGACCUUCCUCUGGGUUAUGCCGCAGCAGAUUCAUAUGCCACACCCAGGAGGCAGGCGGCAGCAGCAGCAGCAGCAGCUGCCACAACUGCUGCCAUGGAAACAGGACAAGAGGCACGGCCAAGAGGUCGACAUCGUAUCAGGAAAAAGUAUCGUAAGACAAACCUAGAGAAUGCGGCCCAGACUCAAGCUGGGUACGACUCGGACCAGUCACCGACAAGAGCCACAGCAUCUACUGUCACAGAUGAUCAAAUGUUUAAUUACUAUGUACACCCUACUCAGGUGGCAGCUGCUCCACAACAGUACCAGGCUACUCCGAGAGCAGCUCGGUACAGCUCUCAGCCCAACCUCUACUAUGGGGCCUAUCCCACAGCCAGUGCUCAGCCCCAGGUGUAUGCUGCCCAAAGACCACAGCAACAAACACCAACUCAGCAAUACACACGCCAAAGUGCCAACUACUCCACCCCCAUCUCUGCCGGGUAUGGUCCCAGGGUACGGCAGCAGCCACAAUACAGGGUUCCCUCAUCACCACAGCAGCAGCGUACAUAUUCUUAUGAUGACAUUGAUGCCCAAGGUCAAGGUCAGACAUACCAACCAGCCCCUGUGGCAUAUAUCCUGGCGGACCAGGUACCGACUGCCACUGGGCCAGUGUAUGAGACAUCGGUGGACAGUGCUGAGUGUCCACUGUGUGGAGGGGUGGGAUACCACACCCACACCGAACAGGAGCCAGCACCACCCACAGCCACUCCAAGGGUCGUGUACACACUUCCAGAACCGGUCAGAAGGUCGAGACCAAGACAGAGAUCCAAAUCAGCCUCCAGGAUCCGUCACUACUCCCCAGAAGGCAGAGGAAGGUCACGCUAUCUUGUCCGAGAGUACCGUAGUGAGAGUGAAAGUGCCGAGUCAGAGGAUGAGUUGUAUCAGAGAAGGAGCCAAAGCUCAGGUAGGAGGCAGCGAAGACCCGGUCGGCGAUACAGAAAGGAGUAUGAGGAUGCCCUGAACCAGUCUCUCAAUUUGACGGAGGAAAUUGAUGACCUCACAACCAAAAUGAUGAGCACAGUUCGAGGGGAGCUGAAGCUGGCAAAGAAACACAAAGAAUUUGGCUCCUCUGUAUGGUGAAACUGGCCUGAAGUUACACCUGAGAAUGAUUUAAUAUUAAUGUACUGAUCUUCCAUAGACUAUACAGCAGAAGAUGUACCAGUAUGACGAGACUGGCUCUCCAUACACUUCUAGCUAGCUCAGUAUGGUGAAACUGUCCUUCCAUAAAUUAAACACCAGGGAAAGAUGCAGCAAUAGCUGAUAAUGUGAGGAAGCACAUUUAUGGUUGUCUACAUUUAGCAUCCAGAUGGAGUUAAUGUUGUGACAGCUCUGCCUUCGGUCGGUGAGGAGUAUACGAGUUAUAAUGUACACUGUACCCUUGGAGGUCCUGAGAGGAGGGCUCUGUAUGGAUAAGACUGUCAUUUAUUGAUGGAGUGUGUUCUAUUUGAAGGUCAGGUAUGACUGAUGUAUGGACAUUUAGAGAAGAGAUGGUGAUUGGUAUCACAUGAUCUUGAAGGGAACUUUUUUGUUCCAGUGAGUGGAUUAUUUGGAAUAUAAGUAGGCCUUGUGUGACGUGUAAACUGAACAAAAAGUAUAAUCAAAUUUGAAUGCCAUAUUUGUUGAGAAUAAUGUGUAUCGAUGCAUGCACAUCAUGAAUUGUACUCAUGUGAAACAGAAUAGAAGGACGUAUCAUAUGAUACAUUAGGAUGAUAUACAAUACAGUAAUUAUCACGAUUACUAUGUGUAACACUAGCUUGACCCUAUACUAUACAAAAUAUAUACAUGAAGUGGUUAUAUGUCAUUUUUUAAUUGUUGUAUGGUCAGUGAAUUUUGUUUUUGAUUUUCACAAAAUGUCAAACUAAGUAUAUUUUUAUCUGGACAUUGUUGGAAUUGUAAUCAGUAAGGGAACACAGCAGUAUUACAACUGUGUAGAAAAUAAAGGAUAUGUCUAUCUGUCCCAGUGUUACACUGAUGGGCACAUUACUGGAUUGUAACAUCGUAUGUUGAUUAAUAAACUGUAUCCUGAGAUAGGUAGAUAUUGGAGAAUUAGAUGUGGAGGCCCGUGAUAGAGCAUUAAUUGAUUUCCCUGGAUCAUAUUCAACUUGAAUCAAGUUAUUGUAUCAACAACAAGAUCGACAGGUAAUGGUGAUCAGUUUCAGCGGAAAGGUAUUCUACAUCUACAAAACUUAAAUUGCUGUCCACAAUUACCAGUAUAUUAUCAUGCCAUUUACACUUUACUGAUGUGUUUACAUGUAUUAUGACGUCAAGAACAUAAUUUUAAAGCCAGUACCUUGUAUCUUAAUCAGCUGAAAGAAAAUCCAGAUGUCUGAUGGCUGACCCAGAAAUAUAUGGGGGCAGGGAGAACCUUCUCCACCAACCACGAUUUUCAUAUUUCAUGUAGGGUCAACUUUACAAAUGGAAGCAGUUAUUUUAGGCCCCAUCCACCACAUAUCAUCUAUCAGAAGUAUACAUCCCUUCCCCCACCCCAAUACCUUCCUGUCUACAAUUGCCCUGAGAUGAGAUGCGUUUGAAUUUAUUAUGAUUUUGAUGUACAUCAGCAAUUGUUUGAAAAGUCACUUUGACUGUGUGUUGCUCCUGUUACUGCCCUGCGAUUCCUUUGUAUAAUUUUGUAUAAUGAAAUGCAGAUACAAUUAUUGAUACCAGUAGGAAAAAGAAUAGAAGGUAAUUAUCUCCCUUGGUUUAACUCUAUUUAUAAUGCCAACAUUUUCAUGUAACGUUUUAUAGUGAUAGGGGACUAAGGUAACAAAACAUCAUUUUGUAUUGUACAUUUGAUUAAUAUCAAAUUGAACUAGACUUUGUAACAUACCCUCAAUACAUUGUGAUAAUAAUGACUAGUGUGUUAGAUGUUAUAAAAAUACCUCAUCAUUGAAGGAUAUAUAUUUUGUAUGCAAAGUGGACAUUAGAUGGUGCAUGUAAAUAAAAUAGAUCAAUUGUAAAAAUGUUGGUCAUUUUGUGUGGUGAGUAUGUAAAUUAUGUUUAUAUUAAAUACAUAAAUAACAAAUCAUUAGUAUAUUAAAUAUACCAAUUAUGUGUGAAUAUUAAUCUUGUCAUAAAUAUUCAGUUUUUUAAUACAUACUGUAUAAAGUUUCAUUAUUACUUUUUAUAGUUUAUAAGGAAUAAAAUCAAAGUACACACUAUUUAUUAACAUAGAACCAAUGAGCACUGGUGCCGAUCAGUGUUGAUUGUAACAAUGGUUUUUAUAUUUUUUGGCAUACAGAAAGGUAUAUAAACAUACCAGGUAAUUGAAUCUAUACCUGAGUGUAGAUCAUUGUGGUUUAAACAAAACUUCAAUGUCAAAAUUAAUUUUGAACUAUACUUUUACAUAGUUUGUAUCCUUUUUUCCAUAUUAUUUUGGGUUCAUAUUGCAACUGUAAACUUUCAGCAUAGAAAUGGUGAUUGCUAGAUUUAUAACUGUACCAUUUUAAGUGUCUGAAGUUAAGUCCCAAGUUUUAUAACUCAUUCUGUUGUAAAUAUUAACUACUGAUAGUAUUUAUGUAAGAAAAUACGACAUCUUGAUGAAAGGUUGUGUAUAUAAGUACAUGCAUACAAUAUUUAUUUAUAACUACACUUAAGAGAUUCAAUAACUGUGAUAGAAAUUGUAUUUUUUUUUAAUGAUUUCAUAGGUUGUCAUUAGUGUAUGAUUUACUGUUUAGUUUAUUACAUACCAGUAUAUUUUCUCUGUGAUGUAGCAAACAUGAUCAAAUGAGUACUGUGAUUAACAGGAACCGUUUUAAGUUCAUAUCCGUCCCACAAAUGUUUAUAUCUGUACCACCGAUUUCUUUAUAUCUCUUUUGAGUGUUGUGUCCGUCCCGAUAGAAUUAUUUAUCCGCACAAGAAAAUCAACCAGAGUAGUUCAUCAUUUUCAACUCCUUUUUACUCACAAUUUAUUUUACAUGCACAUUAAAUUUGAUUAUUUAAGUUUCAAUUACUUUUUUCAUUUUUACAAGACUUUAUUAACACUUUGUAUGAAAUUUGUUUUGUAUAUCUAAUAUUUAACAUGGACUAUGAUCUGAGUUAAGAGGCAGAUGUGCGUGCGUUCAGAGUAAACAAGUUAAACUAAGUAUAUCAAGGUUACCAAUAGCUAUUUCCUCCUGUUUUUCUAUAUUGAAAGGUAAAAGUUGAACGGUACAUGUACUGUAGUGAAACAUUCAAAUUCCUUAGUAAUUUAGUUUUUGUUUCAAGAAAAAUAUUAUGAAAGUUAUUUAAUUGAAGAUAUUGAACAUUUGGGUUGAUACCUCUAAAUAUUUGUUCACUUGAAUAUGCAGAAUGCUCGGCUAAAGUUGUUCAAUAGACACCAGUAGUUAGAUAGUAUACCAUAUAAUAAAACCGUUGUGAUUUAAACCGACAGUGUACAGCAUGCUAACGUAAUUCGGUAUCAGUCAAUAAUUUAUACGGGAGGCCUUUAUACAACAUGUUUAAAGGUCACAAGCAAUAACAUAUAUCAUCUAUAAAUUAGAAAAGUCUUGCCAUUACAAAAUCUGUUGUUUAUAGGCAAAUUUUAAUGAUCUGCCUGUCUGCAUUCUGUUUUCUCAAAUUAUGAAAAGUGCAUUUUGUAAAAAUCAUGUAUGUUGUAGUUAACUGAAUGUCAUUGAUUUAUUUCGAUAUUAAAAUGUGGUUUAUUUUACUUGUAUAUUUAUCAUACAAUGUAUAUCUUUCUAUAAUAGCAAUAUUUCAUUUGAAAUGUUAUAAUCAUUUUAAAAUAGGAAAAUAUCACUGUGCUUAAAAGAUGUUUUUGAUACAGACUAUAGGAAACGAUUAUUAACAUUCAUGUUUUUAUCAAUUUUAUUUUGUACUGAAGAAUGUUUUUUUCAUACUGAUUAUAUUGAAAAGAUACUUUCUUUUCAACACACAGACAAAUUGUUUCCGUAUUUGAAUUGCAGUUAAUUUAUGUAUUAAUUUUAAUAUUAAAAUGUACCAAUUGUUUUCUUCCUUUUCUGUUUUAUUCACAAAGGAAAAGUAGUUCCUGUAUGAAUACCCUUGCUGGUAAAACUUGCUAUAAAUUCUUGGUACCUAACGCAUUUUCCAUGAUAUAUUGAGAAAAUAAUAUACCACUCUAAUAGUAUUUCCUUGAGACUUUUAAUUUCAGUGCAUUUUUUGUACUGAUCUGAAGUUAGAGUAUUACAUGUAAUCAUUAGUCAUUGAUUGGCAUCAAGUAAGAACCAUUAUAUAUUAAUUAUUGCACUUGGUUUCCAGUUGGUGUAGAAGUGUAACUUAUAUAGACGGCAUAUUUGUCCCAAAUUGUAUCCUGUAGCUUUCAGGUUCAGC